GUACACUCCCCUUCACUCUCGAGCCCAACUUCGAUUAGGCCAGAAUGGAGUCGGUGAACCAUGAUGGAUGAGUGCACGUCGCUACAGCCACGUGAGCCAAUGCAGAGUCGAGAAGCUAAGUGCCCUUGAGCUCACCCGACGUAUGCAGCCUCACCCACACACUGGAGCUGCUCACUGAACUGGUCAAAGUACUCUGUGUAAACAGAGUCCUUUGACCAGUUGUACACAGAGUACUUUGACCAAUUCAGUGAGCAGCUCCUCCGUCACCUCCUCGACACCGAUGUGUGAUACGGCGUCCGGUGCCGCUGCCUCCCUCGCUGUCGUAGGGCUCCUCAGCCACCACUUCCGCCGCCACCCGAUCCCUCCUAUUGGCACCACCUCUAUCAAAGUGUACGCACGUCUCUCUCCCUGCGUCUGCUGCCUUCAUCUACUCCAAGUCGCUUCGUCCUUCUCCGUGCAGGGAGGAAGAGAAGGAUGGGUUCCACAUGCCAUGACCCAGGGAACUCCUUGCUUCCCUCAGCCACUGCCGGCGGCGAAUCAAUGAUGCAGAGGUUUCCGGCUCCACCACCUGUUCCGGGCAUCGUCCCCCAACCCAUGUAUAGACCGAUUCCUCCUCCCGUGACCGACCACUCCAGCUCGCAGCUUCAACUUGAUGCUCAUCCUGUUGAUCGGGAAAGUCUUGUAUCUUGUGUCCAGGAAGGGUUCACCUCCUGUCUUCCCCAUGGAUUGUUUGUUUCCAGGAUGGUGUGGAACUCUAAUGUUGCAGUGUAGCGGUUUCUUCGGUACAGAAGCAGACCUUCAACUGUUGUGGGACAGAAGCCAUGAUUAAUAAGCUCAAACAAUUCCCUAAAGCUCAAUAGAUCAAACAUGUCUGCCGUUUGAAGAGGGUCUUCUUAUGCCUAUAGGACAUAUGCAUAUGCUUCUUCCAUUUCUCUUCUUUACUUGAUCCUGCACCUGCCAUGAGAUCUACUGAGAUCUUGUAGCAGUAUGUCAUAUGGUAAGCUAUACUUAUAUAAACUUGAUUGGAGUGGUUGGAAGUUCAUCAUAGACAAUGGAUAGUGUGUGUGUGUGUGUAUUCAUUUCUUAUAGAAUAGAGAUGAUG